AUGGGGCUGCCACUAGCCCUCCUGGUGGCCCUCUGCCUGACUCUGACCUGGGCCGGGGGCUCAGAACUCUGGAGAGGUGAGAGGGUGCGGGCAGGAAGACCGGGCGGCCCAGGGCACAUGGUCCUGCGGGGUAGAGGUGUUUCCCUCGGCCCGGGCUUUGGGGUGGACAGCGUGGGCCAGGCCUCCUGCAAAGGCAGGACCCGGAACCACGGCCAGAGCGUCUGCAGCACGUGGGGCAACUCCCACUACAAGACCUUCGACGGAGACGUCUUCCGCUUCCCCGGGCUGUGCGACUACAACUUCGCCUCUGACUGCCGGGACACCUACCAGGAGUUCGCUGUGCACCUGAAACGGGCCCCCGGCCGCAGUGGGGGCCACCCCCAGGUCGAGUACAUCCUGCUGACCAUCAAGGGUGAUGCCAUCUACCUCACCAGCCAGCUCGCUGUGGUGAACGGCGCCGUGGUCAGCAGCCCGCACUACAGCCCGGGGCUGCUCAUCGAGAAGAAUGACGCCUACACCAAGGUCUAUUCCCGUGCUGGCCUCAUGCUCAUGUGGAACCGGGAGGACUCGGUCAUGCUGGAGCUGGACAGUAAGUUCCGGAACCACACGUGCGGCCUCUGCGGUGACUACAACGGCCUGCAGACCUACUCUGAGUUCCUCUCCGAUGGCGUGCUCUUCAGUCCCGUCGAAUUUGGGAACAUGCAGAAGGUGAACAAGCCUGAGGAGGUGUGCGAGGGCCCCCAGGAGGUGCCGACCCCCGCGUCCUGCUCUGAGCAUCGCGCCGAGUGCGAGAGGCUGCUGACAGACACGGUCUUCGAGGACUGCCGGGACCUGGUGCCGCUGGAGCUGUACGUGCAGGCCUGCGUGCAGGACCGCUGCCAGUGCCCGCAUGGCGCCUCCUGCGUCUGCAGCACCAUCGCCGAGUUCUCCCGCCAGUGCUCGCACGCCGGUGGCAGGCCGCGGAACUGGAGGACCGCCUCGCUCUGCCCUAAGAGCUGCCCCAGGACCAUGGUUUACCUGGAGAGCGGCUCGCCCUGCAUGGACACCUGCUCACACCUGGAGGUCAGCAGCCUGUGUGAGGAACAUCGCAUGGACGGCUGUUUCUGCCCGGAAGGCACUGUGUACGAUGACAUCAAGGGUGACGGCUGCAUCCCUGUGAACCAGUGUCACUGCAAGCUGCAUGGACACCUGUACGCGCCUGGCCAACAGAUCACCAACAACUGCGAGCAGUGCGUUUGCAGCGCCGGCCGCUGGGUAUGCCAGGGCCUGCAGUGUCCCGGGACAUGUGCCCUGGAGGGCGGUGCCCAUAUCACCACCUUCGACGAGAGGAAGUACACGUUCCACGGGGACUGCUACUACGUGCUGACCAAGGACACCCACGACUCCUACGCCGUCCUGGGCGAGCUGACCCCCUGCGGCUCCACCGACAAGCAGACCUGCCUGAAGACGGUGGUGCUGCUGGCUGACAACAAGAAGAACGUGGUGGCCUUCAAGUUGGACGGCAGCGUCCUGCUGAAUGAGCUUAAGGUGAACCUGCCCCACGUGACGGCGAGCUUCUCCAUCCUUCAACCGUCCUCCCAACACAUCGUCGUGACCACCGCCUUCGGCCUCAGGCUGCAGGUCCAGCUGGUGCCGGUCAUGCAGCUCUUCCUGACGCUGGACCAUGCCGCCCAGGGGCUGGUGCAGGGCCUCUGCGGGAACUUCAACGGCCUUGAAGGUGACGACUUCAGGACGCCCGGUGGGCUGGUGGAGGCCACGGGCGCCGGCCUCGCCAACUCCUGGAAGGCCCAGUCGAGCUGCCGCGACAAGCUGGACUGGCUGGAUGACCCCUGCUCCCUCAGCAUCGAGAGCGCCAACUACGCUGAGCAUUGGUGCUCCCUGCUGAAGAAGACAGAGAGCCCGUUCAGCAAGUGUCACUCUGCCGUGGACCCAGCCGAGUACUACAAGAGGUGCAAAUACGACACGUGCAACUGUCAGAGCACGGAGGACUGCAUGUGCGCGGCCCUGUCCUCCUACGCCCGCGCCUGCACCAUCAAGGGCGUCACGCUGUGGGGCUGGCGGGAGCGUGUCUGCAACAAGGACGUGGGCUCCUGCCCCAGGUCGCAGGUCUUCCUGUACAACCUGACCACCUGCCAGCCGACCUGCCGCUCGCUGUCUGAGCCUGACACCCACUGUGUCAAGGGCUUCGCACCCGUGGACGGCUGCGGCUGCCCCGACCACACCUUCCUGGACGAGAAGGGCCGCUGCGUGGUCCUGGCCAAGUGUUCCUGCUACCACGAUGGCCUCUACCUGGAGGCAGGGAAGACCAUCCUGAGGCAGGAGAAGCGAUGCGUUUGCCAGAACGGGAGGCUGCACUGCCUGCAGGUCAAGCAGCCCUACCAGCGCUGCCCGGCCCCGAAGAUCCAUGUCGACUGCAACAACCGGACGGCGCUGGCCACCCGGAACCCCAGGCCCGUCAGCUGCCAGACGCUGGCUGCCGGCUACGUGCGUGCUGGCGGCUGCGUGUGCCCUGAAGGGCUGAUUGACGAUGGCCGGGGUGGCUGCGUGGUGGAGGAGGCGUGCCCGUGUGUGCACAACAAGGACCUGUACUCCCCCGGGGACAAGAUCAGGGUGGACUGCAACACCUGCACCUGCCAGAAAGGGCGCUGGGCAUGCACCCAGUCCGUGUGCCACGGCACCUGUGCCAUCUAUGGGAACAGCCACCACAUCACCUUCGAUGGGAAGUACUAUGACUUUGAUGGACGCUGCUCCUACGUGGCCGUUCAGGACUACUGUGGCCAGAACUCCUCACUGGGCUCCUUCAGUGUCAUCACCGAGAACGUCCCCUGUGGCACCACGGGCGUCACCUGCUCCAAGGCCAUCAAGAUAUUCCUGGGGAGGACGGAGCUAAAGCUGGAGGACAAACACUGCAUGGUGAUACAGCGUGAUGUGGGCCACCACGUGGCCUACACCACGCGGGAAGUGGGCCAGUACCUGGUGGUGGAGGCUAGCGUUGGCAUCCUCGUCAUCUGGGACAAGAGGACCAGCGUCUUCAUCAAGCUCGCCCCCUCCUACAAGGGCACUGUGUGUGGCCUGUGUGGGAACUUUGACCAGCGAUCCAGCAACGACUUCACCACGCGGGACCACAUGGUGGUGGAGAGUGAGCUGGACUUCGGGAACAGCUGGAAGGAGGCCCCGACCUGUCCGGACGUGAGCGCCACCCCCGAGCCGUGCGUCCUGAGGCCGCACCGCCGCUCCUGGGCCGAGAAGCAGUGCAGCAUCAUCAAGGGCCCGGUCUUCGGGGUCUGCCACAGCAAGGUGGACCCCAAGCCCUUCUACGAAGCCUGUGUCCACGACUCGUGCUCCUGCGACACGGGUGGGGACUGUGAGUGUUUCUGCUCUGCUGUGGCCGCCUACGCCCAGGAGUGCACCAAGAAGGGGGCCUGCGUGUUCUGGAGGACGCCCGAGCUGUGCCCCAUAUUCUGUGACUACUACAACCCCCCGAACGAGUGUCAGUGGCACUACGAACCCUGCGGGACCCACAGCUUUGAGACGUGCAGGACGAUCAGCGGCGUUCACUCCAACAUCUCCGUGUCCCACCUGGAGGGCUGCUACCCCCGGUGCCCUAAGGACAGCCCCAUCUACGACGAGGACCUGAAGAAGUGUGUCACACGGGACCAAUGCGGCUGCUAUGUCAACGGCACUCACUACGCACCCGGAGAGCCUGUGCCCACGGAGCGGAUCUGCCACUCUUGUGUGUGUGACAACUCCUCGCAAGUUGUCUGCCGGACAGAAGUAGGGAAGAACAUCACCUCUAAGAAGGACAGCCCCUUCUGCUACUGGAAGACCUGUGGCCCCAACGGGACGGUGGAGGAGCACUUCGGCAUAUGCGAGCCCACCCCACCACCCUCGUCCCCCUCAACACCUGCCACCACCACCUCUGUCUCCCUCAUCACCCCCUCCACCACCACGAGCACCACUCUGACCGCCAGUACAGUGCCAUCUCCCUCUUCAACAACUCAGAGUAAGUCACCGCUGCGUCUUGCUCGCCUAGGGCUAUGCUGCUCCUGGUCCGACUGGAUCAACAAUGACCAUCCCAGAAUCGGCAGUGAUGGUGGAGACCGAGAGACAUUCAACCAUGUCUGCAGGGCCCCCAAGGAUAUCGAGUGCAGGGUGGCCAUACAGCCGCACCUCCGAUGGGAGGAACUGGGCCAGGAGGCUCAGUGCAAUGUCUCCUUCGGGUUCAUCUGCAAGAACGAAGACCAGUUUGGAAAAGGACCUUUUGAAGUCUGCUAUGACUACGAGAUACGCGUCUAUUGUUGCCUGGUGACGGAUGAGUGUCGCACGAACACGAUCACGACGCCCACCACAACUUCACCUGGGACUCCAACUCCGACCCCCAGCACCACCUCAACAGAGACUCCAAUUCCGACCACUACAGAGACCCCGACCACAACACCCACCACCACUUCCACUGGGACUCCAACUCCAACCCCCACCACAACUGCAACAGAGGCUCCAACUCCGACCACUACGGAGACCCCAACUACAACACCCACCACCACUUCCACUGGGACUCCAACUCCGACCCCCACGACAACCACAACAGAGACUCCAACUCCGACCACUACAGAGACCCCGACCACAACACCCACCACCACUUCAACUGGGACUCCAACUCCAACCCCCACCACAACCUCAACAGAGACUCCAACUGCGACCACUCCAGAGAUCCCAACCACAGCACCCACCACCACUUCAACUGGGACUCCGACUCCAACCUCCACCACAAUCACAAUAGGGACUCCAACUGCGACCACUAGUGAGACCCCAACCACAACACCUACCACCACUUCAACUGGGACUCCAGCUCCGACCCCCACCACAACCUCAACAGAGAUUCCAACUCCGACCACUACAGAGACCCCAACCACAACACCCACCACCACUCUGCCCCCCACCACAACCUCAACAGAGACUCCAACUGCGACCACUCCAGAGAUCCCAACUACAACACCCACCACCACUUCAACUGGGACUACGACUCCAACCCCCACCACAACCACAAUAGGGACUCCAACUCCGACCACUACAGAGACCCCAACCACAACACCCACCACCACUUCAACUGGGACUGCAACUGCGACCCCCAGCACAACCACAACAGAGAUUCCAACUCUGACCACUACAGAGACCCCAACCACAACACCCACCACCACUUCAACUGGGACUCCAACUCCGACCCCCACCACAACCACAAUAAGGACUCCAACUCUGACCACUACAGAGACCCCAACCACAACACCCACCACCAGUUCAACUGGGACUCCAACUCCAACCCCCACAACAGCCACAACAGAGAUUCCAACUCCGACCACUACAGAGACCCCAACCACAACACCCACCACCACUUCAACUGGGACCUCAGCUCCGACCCCCACCACAACCUCAACAGAGACUCCAACUGCGACCACUCCAGAGAUCCCAACUACAACACCCACCACCACUUCAACUGGGACUCCAACUCCGACACCCACCACAACCACAACAGAGACUCCAACCACUACAGAGACCCUAACCACAACACCCACCACCUCUUCAAUUGGGACUCCAACUCCAACCUCCACCACAAUCACAAUAGGGACUCCAACUCCGACCACUAGUGAGACCCCAACCACAGCACCUACCACCACUUCAACUGGGACUCCAACUGCGACCCCCAUCACAAGCACAAGAGAGAUUCCAACUCCGACCACUACAGAGAGCCCAACCACAACACCCACCACCACUUCAGCUGGGACUCCAAGUCCGACCCCCAGCACAACCACAAUAGGGACUCCAACUGCGACCACUACAGAGACCCCAACCACAACACCCACCACCACUUCAACUGGGACUCCAACUGCGACCCCCAUCACAACAACAACAGAGAUUCCAACUCCGACCACCUCAGAGACCCCAGCCACAACACCCACCACCACUUCAGCUGGGACUCCAACUCACAACCACAACAGAGACUCCAAGCACUACAGAGACCCUAACCACAACACCCACCACCACUUCAACUGGGACUGCAACUCCAACUCCCACCACAACCACUAUAGGGACUCCAACUCCAACCACUAUGACUCCAACUCCAACCACUACGGAGACCGCAACCACAACACCCACCACCACAACAACAGGGACUCCAACUCCGACCCCCACCACAACUACAAGAGAGACUCCAACUCUGACCACUACAGAGACCCCACCCACAACACUGACCACCACUUCAGCUGGGACUCCAACUCCAACACCCACCACAACUACAACAGAGAUUCCAACUCCACCCACUACAGAGACCGCAACCACAACACCCACCACCACUUCAACUGGGACUCCAACUGCGACCCCCAUCACAACCACAACAGAGAUUCCAACUCCGACCACUACAGAGACCCCAGCCACAACACCCACCACCACUUCAACUGGGACUCCAACUGCGACCCCCAUCACAACCACAACAGAGAUUCCAACUCCGACCACUACAGAGACCCCAGCCACAACAUCCAUCACCACUUCAACUGGGACUCCAACUGCGACCCCCACCACAACCUUAACAGAGACGCCAAGCACUACAGAGACCCUGACCACAACACCCACCACCACUUCAACUGGGACUGCAACUCACCCACUACUACUUCAACUGGGACUCCAAGCACGACCCACAGCACAACCCCAACAGAGAUUCCAACUCCGAUCACUACAGAGACCCCAACCACAACACCCACCACCACUUCAACUGGGACUCCAACUCCGACACCCAGCACAACAUCAACAGAAAUUCCAACUCCACCCACUAAAGAGACCGCAACCACAACACCCACCACCACUUCAACUGGGACUCCAACUAUUCCAACUCUGACCACUACAGAGACCCCAACUGGGACACCCACCACCACUUCAACUGGGACUCCAACUCUGACCCCCAGCACCACCUCAACAGUGACUCCAACUCCAACCACAACGGAGACCGCAACCACAACACCGACCACCACUUCAACUGGGACUCCAACUCCGACACCCAGCACAACAUCAACAGAAAUUCCAACUCCACCCACUACAGAGACCGCAACCACAACACCCACCACCACUUCAACUGGGACUCCAACUCCGACACCCACACCCACCACUACUUCAACUGGGACUCCAACCACGACGCACAGCACAACCACAACAGAGAUUCCAACUCCGACCACUACGGAGACCGCAACCACAACACCCACCACCACUUCAACUGGGACUCCAACUCCGACCCCCACGACAACUACAAGAGAGAUUCCAACCCCAACCAGUACGGAGACCCCAACCACAACACCCACCACCACUUCAACUGGGACUCCAACUGCGACACCCAGCACAACAUCAACAGAGAUUCCAACUCCACCCACUACAGAGACCGCAACCACAACACCCACCACCACUUCAACUGGGACUCCAACUCCGACCCCCAUCACAACCACAACAGAGAUUCCAACUCCGAUCACUACAGAGACCCCAACCACAACACCCACCACCACUUCAACUGGGACUCCAACUGCGACCCCCAUCACAACCACAACAGAGAUUCCAACUCCGACCACUACAGAGACCCCAGCCACAACAUCCAUCACCACUUCAACUGGGACUCCAACUCACAACCACAACAGAGACUCCAAGCACUACAGAGACACUAACCACAACACCCACCACCACUUCAACUGGGACUGCAACUGCAACUCCCACCACAACCACAAUAGGGACUCCAACUCCAACCACUACACCACCUCAACAGGGACUCCAACUCCAACCACUACAGAGAUCCCAACCACAGCACCCACCACCACUUCAACUGGGACUCCAACUCCGACCACCACUACAGAGACAAUCCCCACCACUAUCACAACCACUGAGACCCCAACACCAAUAACCACCACCACAGUGACCCCAACACCACCACUGACCACCAGCUCCACGACUGUGGGCCCUGACACUCUGCUCAACCCUGAGACUGAGGGCUGGGGAAAUGGAUGCUCGCCAACCUCGGCUCCCACCUCCUCGAAGACCGCUCCCCCCCAUGGAACCACGACUGGGCCCCCUUCAUCCACCACAGGCCCCCCUUCCACACCCACACCCACUCCCGCGACUGUGUCAACGACUUCCACGGGAGCUUCCACGCCAAUAGGACACUCGUCGACCGUGCCACCCACGCCACAGACCACCAGCACCUUGACCUCCAGUGUGACCACCCCUACGGUGAUCCCAUUAACCUCACCCCACAUCACCACGAGCAUCGUCUCAGUCACCACCGGCACUCAGAGGGAAUGCUGCUAUUUAAAUAACACGUACUAUGCCCCAGGUGAGCUGGUGUACAACAGCACACAUGGGGACACCUGCUAUUACGUGAACUGCUCGCUGAACUGCACCCUUGAGAUCUUCAAGUGGUCUUGCCCAUCCACACCCACCACCCAGCCAUCCACGACCUCCAGUGUGCCGCCCACCACCAAGCCCGCUGCGUGCCUGGACUUCGAUCCUCCCAGACAGGAGAACGAGACCUGGUGGCUGUGCAACUGCACCAUGGCCAUCUGCAGGCACAACAACACCGUGGAGCUCGUGGAGGUGAAGUGCGACCCCCCACCCAUGCCCGCCUGCGCCAACGGCCUCAUGCCUGUGCGCGUCGAGGAGCCCGGCAAGUGCUGCUGGCACUGGGAGUGUGACUGCUACUGCACGGGCUGGGGGGGCCCGCACUACGUCACCUUCGAUGGGCUCUACUACAGCUACAAGGGCAACUGCACAUACGUGCUGGUGGAGGAGAUCACUCCCACCAUGGACAACUUCGGGGUCUACAUCGACAACCAGCACUGCGACAUCGACAGCCAAGUGUCCUGCCCCCGCACGCUCAUCGUGCGCCAUGAGACCCAGGAGGUGCUGAUCAAGACCGUGCACACGACGCCCAUGAUGGUGCAGGUGCAGGUCAACAGGCAGGCUGUGGCGCUGCCCUAUAGAAAGUACGGGCUGCAGGUGUACCAGUCAGGCAUCAACUAUGUGGUGGACAUCCCUGAGCUGGGUGCCCUCAUCUCCUACGACAGCCUUUCCUUCUCCAUCCGGCUGCCCUACCACCGGUUCGGCAACAACACGAAGGGCCAGUGUGGCACGUGCACCAACAGCACCUCGGAUGACUGCAUGCUGCCCGGUGGGGAGGCCGUUGCCAGCUGCGAGGUCGCGGCUGGCCACUGGGUGGUGAACGACCCCUCGGAGCCGCAGUGUCCCCACAGGGGCUUCACCACCGAGCGCCCGGCCGCCUGGCCGUCGGUGGGCAGCAGCACAACCACCGGGACACGCUCUCCGUCUCCGCUCUGCGAGCUCAUCAAGGACAGCCUGUUCGCCCAGUGCCACACCGUGGCAUCCCCCAGGCACUACUACGAAGGCUGCACAUCCGACAGCUUCGCCGCGCCCGGCUCAGGCCUGGAGUGUACCAGCCUGCAGACCUACGCCGCCCUCUGUGCCCAGAAGGGCAUCUGCGUCGACUGGCGGGGCCGCACCGGCGGGGCCUGCCCGGUGACGUGCCCGGCGCACCGCGAGUACCGGGCCUGUGGUCCCGUGGAGGAGCCCACCUGCAGGUCCAGCCCCACCCAGGCAAACAGCCCACGCCUGGCGGAAGGCUGCUUCUGUCCCAAGGGCACCACCAGCUACGCGCCCGGCUUCGACGUCUGCGUGGACCUGUGCGGCUGCGUGGGGCCCGACAACGUGCCCAGAGAGUUUGGGGAGCACUUUGAGUUCGACUGCAAGGACUGCAUCUGCCUGGAGGGGGGCAGCGGCAUCAUCUGCAGGCCCAAGACAUGCCACCCCAGGCCCCGCAUGGAGUGCAAGGAGGACGGCACCUACACUGUCACAGAGGUCGACCCCGCCAACGUCUGCUGCAACGUCACCUCUUGCAAAUGCAACGCCAGCCUGUGCAGGGAGAACCCCCCGCCGUGCCCGCUGGGCUUCGAGGUGAAGAGCAAAAUGGUCCCUGGGAGGUGCUGCCCCUUCUACUCGUGCGUGCCCAAGGGCGUGUGUGUUCUCCGGAACGCUGAGUACCAGCCCGGCUCUCCAGUCUUCUCCUCCAAGUGCCAGAACUGCACGUGCACCGGCCGCAGGGACCACGCCACGCAGCUCAACGUCGUCUCCUGCACCCACGUGCCUUGCAACACCUCCUGCACCCGCGGCUUUGAGCUGGUGGACGUCCCCGGCGAGUGUUGCAAGAAGUGUCAGCAGACCCAGUGCAUCGUCAUCAACCAGCCCGGCAGCCAGAGCGUGGUCCUGAAGGGCUCCAUCACGCUCAUGCCCAAUGGCUGCUGCAGGAAAUGCCUCCCUCGCAAUGAGACCAGGGUCCCCUGCUCCACUGUCCCUGUCGUCAGGGAAAUUUCGCACAACGGCUGCACCAAGCUGGUCACCAUGAACGACUGCUCCGGGUCCUGCGGGACCUUCGCCAUGUACUCGGCCGAGGCCCAGUCCCUGGACCACAGGUGCUCCUGUUGCAAGGAGCAGCGCACCAGCCAGCGGGAGGUGACGCUGCAGUGCCCGGACGGGCGCGGGCUCAAGCACACCUACACCCACAUCGACAGCUGUCUGUGCCAGGACACCAUGUGCGAACCGCCCCCCUGGCGCAGGGCGCGGCGCUCUGGCCUCAGGGACCUGGGCCCGGGGCGGGGGUGA